CUCCUUCCGUCCACUUUGCGACCUCUCGGCUAUGUGUAAAGUCCUUAAACUGCGAUUCCCAGAAUGCCUGGAAGAUUCCCAGACUGCUUUGCGAAGGUAUGAGGGGGAAGAUGCGACUGUCAGCCCGGAAAGUAAAAAGGACAUUUUAAUUCAGCUAACAAGAGGACAAAAGGCAGACGAACAUUCUCUCGGGAGAAUCUUUGUGUCAAUAUAUAUAACUAAAGCUCCUGUAAUACAAAUGUGUGAAUUUUAGUACGUGUCAGGUCAGGCGGACAGAUUUCUGCAGAUUGCAGUUAGCAUCCUCACUACGCCGAAGUUUUCUUUGAACAUGAUUUGUACUGUUCUACGAGCUGUACAGUAUGCAGAGAAACUGCACAGGUCCUCCGGGAGGCGACUGUUGUUGCCCUACUUUGCGCUUAAUAAAGCUUUCUUUACGACUGAGCCUUGUUUGAGACGGGGACUGCAAGUGCAGAAGAAAAAGGGGCGACCUGGAUCUAUCUUUGAAGUCACCCGGAAAACUGUAUGGACGCAGGGACUGCGACCGCAGAAAGCAGACAACAGAGGCAAGCAAGUCUCUGCGCACAGUGGUCAGAAAGGGGAAACUGCCAUCACAACGACUCAAAGAGUGAAAGAAGCUGGGCGAGAUUUCACCUAUGUAAUAGUGGUACUCAUUGGAAUCAGCAUUACAGGUGGCUUGUUUUAUGCGAUUUUCAAAGAACUUUUUUCUUCAUCCAGUCCUAGUAUGAUAUAUGGGAAAGCCUUAGAAAAAUGCAGAACACAUCCUGAGGUGAUCAGUUUCUUCGGUGAGCCUGUUAGAGGCUAUGGGGAGAUGACAAGACGCGGGCGAAGGCAUCAUGUCAGUUUUAUUGAUUAUGUAAAAGAUGGACUGAAACACACACGGGUAAAAUUCUACAUUGAGGGCUCUGAGCCAGGAAAGCAAGGAACAGUGCAUGUGGAAGUGAAAGAGAAUCCAAAUAAUGGUGAAUAUGAAUUUCGGUACAUAUUUGUGGAAGUGGAAUCCUAUCCUAGAAGAACUAUUAUCAUUGAAGAUAAUCGAUUCCGAGAUAAUUAAAAGAAUCGAGCAAGCAUGCUGUUUCCUAGUGGCUGUAGAGUGGUGCAGAUUCAUUAUGAUCUUCGUGGCUCUCUUCCAGAAUCUGUUCAGAAGAGUAAGAAGAGUGUAUCAGUGAAUGUAGUAAGAUAUUGGAUACAUUUAAGCCUUUGUUGUGAAAAAUCAUGAAAUAGACUAUAGAGCAUAUUUUUAGUAUGAAUUGUCAAUUACGGCAGUAUUUCUGCUUAUUUAACAUCAUUUGUGAUGAGCUUUUUGUUACGGAAAUUUUUACACCAUGUAAGUAAAAUGAAUUUACAUAUUUUAUAUCUAUAUAAUUUGGAAUCUGUCUUAAGAUAAACAUGGAAGUAUUUGAGAACUAUAGUGAGCUAGAAAGUAAAUACAUUAUAAAAAGGUUGUGGAAAUCUCACGAUUUAGGAAUCUUUUUCUUGAUUUCCACUCUAUGACCCUAGGCAAUAUCUACUGUGGAAAGAGAACACAAACCGCACUCUGGUGAACCAGCUCUCACUGUGCCUUUUCUAGCCAGUGUGCAGGCCUUGCAGGUCCUUCAGCCUCAUCAGACCUCCUGUUCCCUGGUUAGCUGGUGACUGAGGUGAUAGGUACAAGUGCCGUGCUGUAGAGAGUCCAUGAGGUGUCCCAGCCCCUUUAGAACUUUGCUGAUAUUUGUCACUGCCAGUAGGUCAAACAUAAGUAGUACUUGUUCAAAUGUGUUUGUGAGGCCCUUUUUAAAAAAUAAUUUUAAAAUAUGAACCUACUUUAUUUUACCCUACUUUAUUUGAAGUAUUUGCUGGACAUCUAUUAAAGUGACCUUCACUUACAAGUCUUUAUCACAUAACUAAAGUGUUCUAUGUGCUGUUAUCUGUGAAGGCUUCACAGUGGAGAUUCCUCAGCACUGUUCAUUGUUCUUGAGAACUGGUAGUGGAGAGGUUUCUGAUGGGUGUUUGAGAUCCUAGCAUAUUUAGGAUUGAAAGAUCUACAGGAAAUUUGUUUCCCUGCUUAGUUUGUCUACUAAGUUAGUUAAAUUUUUUGUUUAACUGCUGUCUUUAAGUCCUUUAUUAUUUUAAUUCUAAAAAUUUCAAAGUAUGGAAAGUAUUACAACAGAACUUCUGUCUCUGAGAGGGAACAUGCUUUCAGCGACAGGGUGAACUCUUAAUUUGGGUUCAGUCUC